UAUUCGUUAUGUUCGUAGUCGUUCAGAUUAUCCACUAGAUACAUCUCUAUUAUCAUCCGAAGUAACAUCUUCUUAUCGACGUCGUUCUUCAUUAGAUCAACAAAGUCUUGAUCGAUUGAAAGAAAUGACUAAUAAAUCAAAAUUUUAUAACCAAUUACCAUGGACUAUACGUAAAUUAAUGAUUCGACAAUAA